CAGCUGCCAGACUUCAAGGGAAGGUAAACGCCGCGGAGGGCGGCUCUUCCUCCUCCUCUUCGUCGCGAUUUCUUAGAAUUUUCUUCGGAAUUUAGGUUCGGAGGAGAGUUUCCUUAUUCUUUGCGGAUUUUGAGGGAUGGGGUGGUUGAUCGGAGUAAAAUAACGCUGUAUUGGCCUUCAUUUGUGGGUAAUGCACGAAGCAACUCCAAGUUAUUAAGGCGUUUUCUCGACGAAGGCGGUGUCGGAGUGGUAGAAUGCGGCGGCCUUCCGAUGAUGAGCGAAUGGCGAGUAACACGGUGGAAGACGUGGCAGAGAAGCCCCCCUCACAGGCAAGGGGAAGAUCUCAUUCUCACGGUGGGGGUGGUGGGCGGAGAGUGACCCCAGCGGUCGAUCCCUCUGAAGAGGAGGAGGAGGCCGUCGUGGAGAAGGUGCUUCCCAACGGGGACUUGUAUACCGGUGGGUUCGCCGGCAGCGCGCCUCACGGGCGUGGGAAGUACCUAUGGGCAGACGGAUGUAUGUACGAGGGGGACUGGUUGAGGGGGAAGCCCUCCGGGAAGGGGAAGCUCUCCUGGCCGUCGGGCGCCACCUACGAGGGCGAGUUCCAAUCGGGCCGGAUGGAUGGCGUUGGUACCUUCACCGGCGCCGAUGGCGACACCUACCACGGCCAGUGGGCGGCCGACCGCAAGCAGGGUUUCGGCAGUAAGUCCUAUGCCAACGGCGACUACUACGAGGGUACGUGGCGCUGCAACCUCCAGGAGGGUCAUGGGCGUUGCCUGUGGCGAAACGGCAACCAGUACGUGGGCGAGUGGCGCGGCGGCGUUAUCCACGGCCGCGGCACCUUCAUCUGGCCCAACGGCAACAGCUGCGUCGGCCAGUGGGAGAAUGGCGCCGCCCUAAAGGGCAGCGGUGCUUUUACCGGUCCCGACGGUAGCUGUUACAUCGACAGCUGGAGUGGCGGCGACCCCAAUGCCCUAGAGGGAGGCACCGGAGUGGCAUCGCGGAAAGAGACCCCUGCUGGGAGGAGAGGUUUCUCUCCCUUCUUUCAGCUGGAUAAUAGAUCGGCUCCGGCAACACCGAUGUCCCAUUCGUCCACGAAUGGGUGGUCGAUCGAUGGAUCCCAGCGAUCACCACAGCAGGGCAGCUUGGCAGCGGAAAAGAACUACCCCAGAAUCUGCAUCUGGGAUUCGAACUCCGAGGCCGGGGAUAUCACUUACAAUGUCGUCGACAGCCUCGAGUCGUCUUUGUUGUACAGGGACGAAUCAUCUAAUGAUAGCGGAAGUCUCAUUGGAACCGUGAAACGGCUACAGAGUUCCAGCGCGUGGCCAACGGCGGAGGCAAAAAAGCCGGGGCAGACGAUAUCGAAAGGGCACAAGAACUACGACCUGAUGUUGAACCUCCAAUUAGGCAUUAGCUACACAAUCGGGAAGCCUGGUUCGGCACAGUCGAGGGAGCUGAAGCAGACAGAUUUUGAUCCGAGGAAGAAGUCCUGGACGAGGUUCCCUCCUGAAGGAACGAAGAUAACUCCUCCUCACCAGUCACCGGAGUUCCGUUGGAGAGACUAUUGCCCUAUGGUCUUCAAGCGCCUAAGAAAAUUGUUUUCAGUGGAUCCGGCAGAUUACAUGCUAGCCAUUUGUGGAAAUGAUGCAUUGAGGGAGCUUUCAUCCCCUGGGAAAAGCGGGAGCUUCUUCUUUCUAACGCAGGAUGAUCGUUUCGUGAUCAAGACAGUAAAAAAAUCAGAACUCAAGGUACUCAUUAGGAUGUUGCCCAGUUAUUUCCGACAUGUAUGCCAGCAUGAGAAAUCACUGGUGACCCGAUUCUACGGGGUGCAUUGCGUUAAGCCUAUGGGUGGUCAAAAGCAGGUCCGGUUUGUUGUUAUGGGUAAUGUAUUCUACUCCGAGUAUCAAAUACAUAGAAGGUUUGACUUGAAGGGUUCAUCCCAUGGUAGGACAACUGAGAAGAAUGAGGAGGAGAUUGAUGAGACAACUACACUCAAAGAUCUUGAUCUCGAUUUUAUAUUUCAUCUACAAAAUUCGUGCUACUCUGAGCUUCUUGAGCAAAUUAAAAAGGACUGUGAGUUCUUAGAAUCAGAGGGGAUUAUGGAUUAUAGUCUCUUGGUGGGUGUUCACUUCCUAUCACCUAGUCAUACUUCACCAGUGUCAUACAAGAAGGAAUCAUUUCAACGAGAACCUUGCUCCGAACUACCUUUCUUAGCAUCCGAUUGCCAAAGGAUGGAUCAAACUCUGGACACACGGAAACAGUCGGGAACAAACGUGCCGGCGAGAGCAGAGCGAAUUAGAAGUCGAUUCGAGACGUUUCUCCCAGUUAGUAGUGGGAUGUCAACACCUAGAGCAAGCGAUGAGCUCCACAGCGUGCUCCUCUGCUUUGGUAUAAUCGACAUCCUUCAGGACUACGACAUUGCCAAAAAGUUGGAACAUGCCUACAAAUCAUUGCAGGUCAAUCCCAAUUCCAUCUCUGCAGUGGACCCGAAGCUGUACUCGCGGAGGUUUCAGGACUUCAUAAGUAAAAUCUUCGUCCAAGACGAAGAACACAGAUAAAAGGAAGCAUUGUACCUAACUAUAGAGGCAACUUAGGGUUGCUACCGCCGGCGGCUGCUGCUGAAUUUUCACGCUCAGCUAGUUGGGCAUUUGUGCAUGUUCAUUGAGGUAUAGGAGCACACCGAACUCAUUUCUUUUUAACAUUUUUUUUUUACUUUCCUUAAAAUAUCCAGGGAGUGCUAAAAUUAUUCAACUACCUGGAUAGAAUCACACACAGGAAAUGCACCGAGAGGUAUUAUAUAUUGUGCACAAUGCUGAGGUGUCACAUUCCAAUUUCAUCAAUUCAAAUUUCAAACGAGUCUUUUAUCUCUU